AUGAAGAGCCGUGCGCCUCUUGAGACCUGCCAGUUAAGUAUUGCAAUUUUGGGGCCCUAUCUGAUGGAGCUGCUGAAGGGAUUGCCGUGGCGCCGUGCUUUCCUGGCUGUCACCCUGAACCUGCUGGCUCUCAGCCUCUCCACCACUGCCUUGCUCGGCAGCUACUGGUGUACCGGGACCCAGAAAGUGCCCAAGCCUUUGUGUGGGAAGAGCAAAGACACCAACUGCAUCGGUGUCCCCGUGCCGCCUGACGCAGGUGCUAGCAAUGUUUCAUCCCAGGAUGUGGUGCACUACAGCUGGGAGACCGGGGAUGACCGCUUUUCCUUCAGAUACUUCCACACGGGGAUGUGGCUUUCCUGUGAAGAGAGCAUGGAUGGGCCAGAAGAGAAAUGCCGUAGCUUUAUCGAGCUCUCGCCACCAGCAGAGAGAGGAAUCCUGUGGCUGUCACUGGGAUCAGAGAUGCUGUACAUCAGCUUGCUGCUCAUCAGCUUCAUCCUCCUGAUGGUGGAAAUGCUGCAUACUGGCAAUCCUGUCUGUGGGUUGAAGCUUAAUGCCUUUGCUGCUGUCUCCUCAGUGCUGUCAGGUCUCCUUGGGAUGGUGGCACACAUGAUGUACACUCAAGUCUUCCAGGCAACAGUUAAUCUGGGACCAGAGGACUGGAGACCACACUCGUGGGACUAUGGCUGGGCGUUCUACAUGGCCUGGGCCUCCUUCACCUGCUGCAUGGCCUCUGCUGUCACCACUCUCAACACCUACACCAAGACUGUGCUGGAGUUCAAAAGGAACCAUGUCAAGGGCCAUGAUGGGAGCUUCAAGGAUCAGCCUCAGUACCACCAGUACUUCAUACAGCAGCAAAUAAGCAGCUACUACAAGCCCCAGGACAAGCCCCUCCAUUCAGUCUCUGAGGGAGUCGACUUCUACUCUGAGCUGCAGCAGAAAAUGCUACAGCGGGAAGCAGAGCUGGAGCUGGAUGAAGUCUUGGGACAGACAAUUGGGGAAGAUCGCUGUUAG